CUUAUGUCCGGUUAAUUUUCAGUGAGCGGGAAUGACGAUAUCGUGCGCUAGACCGGCACUUCCGCACGACCUGCGAAGGGACCUGCAGAGAAGAUCAAAGUAGAGAUAAAAGAAGCAUUUGUUCCCGGUGCUUCUUUGAUCCAGAGACUUCUGAUAAUUCUUCACCCUAUCCUCUAAUACCACUCGCCACUAUUAUCAACAUGUCUCCUGCUACCACCAACGGCAAUGUUCAGACCGUCAAGCUGGGCACACACUUCUGUGGCUCAGAGUCCGGCAAGGCUGUCGCCGUGUCGGACCGAAGCCGAACAGUAGGCCCCAACGAUGUUGUUAUCGACAUUGUGGCAAGUGGUCUUUGCGGCACUGAUCUGCAUUACCGCAAGGCCAAGGGCAUGGCUCUGGGACACGAGGGAGUUGGUGUCGUCUCCCAAGUCGGCAGCGGUGUGACUUUUGUCGAGGUCGGCGCUCGCGUUGGAUGGGGUUACAACCACCUCUCUGACCUCAAGUGCAACUAUUGCCUGACUGGCCGCGACACCCUCUGCCAGCAGAGGCAGAUGUACGGUGCUGCCGACCAAGACCAGGGAUCAUUGGGUGACAGGUUCGUCAUCAACGAGGCCUUUGUCCACGUCAUCCCUGACAACCUGCCAUUGCGAUAUGCCGGUCCUCUGCAGUGUGGUGGUGCCACUGUCUAUGGUUCCAUCGUUCAGGCUGAUAUCAAGCCAUGGCAGCGUGUAGGAGUUGUCGGCAUCGGUGGACUUGGUCACUUGGCCAUCCAGUACCUCAAGGCAUGGGGCUGUGAGAUCGUUGCCUUCUCCACUACCGAGAACAAGGAGCAGGAGGCCCGAAAGCUGGGUGCUCACGAAUUCGUUGCUACCAAGAGCAACCCUGAAUUCAAGGGCGUGAAGCCAGUGGACCACCUCCUUAUCUCCACCGACCGACAGCCGGACUGGAAGCAGUUCUUCAACAUUGUCGCACACGACGGUACCAUUGUGCCCCUGAGUGUGUCGAACGAGGAGAUGAAGGGCGUGCCUUACAUGGCCAUCAUCGCCAAGCAGCUCAAGAUCGUCGGCAGUCUUGUCGCCAACCGUGGUAUCCACAGGGAUAUGCUCACCUUCUCUGCCCGUCACGGCAUCAAGCCCAUCACUGAAGAGCUGCCCAUGACCGAGGAGGGAGUCAACGAGGCUCUGGACCGCCUUACCAAGGGAGACGUACGAUACCGCUUCGUGCUCACCAGUGACAGGAAGGACCCUCUGUUCAAGUGACUGCUCAGCAGCAGCAGAUUAUAAGGGCAGUAGACCAUAGACAUAGAGACCCUCGGCUUGACGAGUAAUCAGAUGCUCCAUCGUAUAGACUGUAUUUAGUGACUAGUAACUCCAAAUAGACUAUAGAAGCAGCCACCGCUGCACAACAAUUCUUCUCACAGAAGAACUUCGACCCUCGCCUUUACAAUGUCUGAAGAAUGUGCGUCU